GAUUCAUCAGGAUCUUUUUGCGUGACUGGUGCAAGCCUCCCUUCCAGAAGAACUGCCCAUCUCUGUCUCCUCGGGAACAGCCGAAGGGGGUGUGGAGUGACAAAAAUUUAUGUUUUCAUCAAACCGGGCCAAGGAGAAUGGGGGUCCCACACCCAAAAGAAUGAAGACACGACAGAACAAGGACUCAAUGUCAAUGCGGAGUGGACGGAAGAAAGAGACUCCAGGGCCCCGAGAGGAACUCAGGUCACGGGGUCGAGCUUCCCCUGGGGGCGUCAGCACCUCCAGCAGUGAUGGCAAAGCUGAGAAAUCCCGACAAGCGACAAAGAAGGGCCGAGUGGAGGAAUCCUGCACCCCCAAGGGCAACAAGCAGGGCCGAACAGAAGAGAUCUCAGAGAGUGAAGGGGAGGACACUAACGCUCCCAAAAAAACCAAAACUGAGGUGAUUCCCUGCCCUCCCUCGCUGCCCCUUUACACAAG